GAAAUGUCGGAUGUUCUUGUCUUUCAUCCAGUUCCCACAGAGGCAGUAAUGGUACGUGCUAAUUUAUAUGAGGUUGAUAUAAUUAUAAGGUGCCACGCCCCCUCCUCAUGUGGAUUGAUUGUGGAUGAAAUACAGUAACCCUGUUUAUAAUAACCCUUCUCCCCUGUGGCAAGCAUCGUCUCUGGACAGCUACUGGACGCCUACAUUCACUCAGAGCAACUGCAUGGAGCCAAGCCUUUUGGACCACAGCAUGCAUCAUUCCUCCAGCAGCACCUACCCAGAGGACAGGACAGAGAAUCCUCCCUCCUUUCUACACAACAACGCAUACAAAUCCUCUCCCCCUCAGUCAAAUGGUGGAUCCCUUAUUUCUACGCUCCUACGGACAACCAUAGAGAGUAAAAGAACCCUGCAGGAGAGCACCACUGCAUAUUACCUCCCAGACGCUCCCAUGUCCAGCUCUGCCUUGACAAACCUUAACCAGGUGGACCACCACAGCAGCAGUACCACCAUGGCACCUCUGUCUCCAGCCAGCCAGGCAUCCACCGGGGCCAGUCCCACUAGAUUCAGACCCAAUGAGGCCGGGUUGACCCAGGACUGGAUGCUGGAGCUGGUUGACAGACACCGGGCGAAGCGUGCCAGAGUGGAGAACAUCAUCAGAGGAAUGGCAGGCUCUCCUCUCAGUGUUUAUUUCACAGGUGAAGGGUUUGGUGAAGGGGAGACCACUCCAACCAGUCACCUUCAGAGUGAGAUGUUGGAAAACAAGAGGAAACAGAGGGUGCCACAGCACCAGGACCUCCCCAGGACGGAGGGCGUUAGCGGGAAGAGUACGGACGAGGGACAUACACUGAGGAAGCAGCUUCAGACCAUGCAGAGGCUCCUGGGUCAACUCCAAGCCAGGUUUAUCCAGGUCUACGAGAAUCAGACUAACGAGUCUGAAGAGGAGGACCACCAUAGUACUUGGAACAAAGAAUAUGUGGAGACAGAGAUAUCUCCUGGUGAGGUGUUCUUGGACCCUUACAGUGAGUUUAACAAUAAGAUGCCUUUAGAUAGAGGUCAUCUGGGGUGGAAGAAUAACAAGCUAACUGACUACCUUCACUCAAACCCAGACAACGAAGACAAACUCCUAGCAGACAUUCUCAAGUAUGAACUCUCCAGAGCUGUAAACUCGAGCGUUGACUCAAUUUUCAAAAACAUAUCACAUACUUUCAUCAAGUCACCACAACUACACGCCGAGGACGGUGGAAUGGUGGAAACAGACGACGAGACCGUGUUCCUCAGCUCUCGCGAGCCAGCGUCAACAUCCACCCAUGUAGACAGCAUGUCACGACUCCCCCCAUGUUCCGAGAGUGGUAUGGCCCAACAAUUACAAGAGAUUCAAACCGAGGCUCUAUCUCUGGUGGUUCAAAAGCCUAAAUCAAUGACUCGCCCAUGUUCUCUAAACCUAACAGUGACAAGGCCUCUCCAUUUCUACCAGCCUCCAUUCCUACACAACCACCCCACUGCUCUACAGGAAAACCACCAAGUACUGGACAACGUGAAACACAACAGCUCCCAUCACGAUACCUUCGGAGAGCUUCAGUGUAGACCUAGUACCAUGGGUCUGCCUACCCCAGAGAUAGUUGACUUACCGUGGGAUCCGGUCAUUGUGAGGUCCAAGGUGACCUCCAGGCCACCCGGGAGUCCUCAGGCUCACAAACCCAUGACCACAGGGCAUCAUGUGCUUCUGGACAGUCUCGGUCUCCCUCACAUCAAGAUGGACUGUGGUAGCUUUCAGAGUAUGGUGAAGAGGACCUCGUAUGUGCUGAAUGAGGGUCUGACCACACAGCACCUGAAGAAAGCCAAGUUGAUGUUCUUCUACACUCGCUACCCUAGUUCCAACGUACUCAAAACCUUUUUCUCCGAUGUCCAGCUCACUCGGUGCAUCACGUCCCAGCUGAUUAAAUGGUUCAGUAACUUCAGAGAGUUCUACUAUAUUCAGAUGGAGAAGUUUGCCCGUCAGGCCCGAGUGGAAGGUGUUAACAGUGUGAAGGACGUAGCAGUGAGCAGAGACUCGGAGCUCUUCAGAGCACUCAACAUGCACUACAACAAGGCUAAUGACUUUCAGGUCCCUGACAGGUUCCUUGAGGUGGCUGAGAUCACACUACAGGAGUUUUACAUAGCCAUCACUCUGGCCAGAGACUCAGACCCAUCCUGGAAGAAAGCCAUCUAUAAGGUUAUCUGUAAACUGGACAGUGAUGUACCGGCUGAAUUCAAAGCCCGCUUCAUAACAUAGAAAGAGCCAGACAGAGAGGAGUUUAACCCAGGAUGAUUGGCGCUGUAUUAAAACAAAACUAUUUUCCUGCAUGUCCCACUGAAUUUAAGCAUCCUUCAAAAGCUCACCUCACAACAUAGACCUUUUCGCAAUUUGAUUUCCACAAUUCCUCUCCUCCUUUAAAAAAAACCCCAAAACAAAUGAGGGAAGAGGAAACUUGUAAACAAAUGCACGGGUAAGAAAAGACUCCUAUAGUCAGAGGUGUGUUUAAUCCUUUAUGUAUAAAUAUUUUCCCUCAUGGGACUGACUUUGUGCCAGAGGCCUCUACUGAAUAUGUGUGUCACUACCAAUGUUGACAGUUCUGGAUAAAAGCAUCUGCAAAAUACCAUAUUAACUGCAGUAGCCCAACAGCUAAAAUACCAUAUUAACUGCAGUAGCCCUACAGCUAAAAUACCAUAUUAACUGCAGUAGCCCAACAGCUAAAAUACCAUAUUAACUGCAGUAGCCCUACAGCUAAAAUAGCAUAUUAACUGCAGUAGACCUACAGCAUCUGCUAAAGACCAUAUUAACUGCAGUAGGGAAAUUCCAUAUUAACUGCAGUCAGCUUACAGUUAAAAGACCAUUUUAACUGCAGUAGACCUACAGCUAAAAUACCAUAUUAACUGCAGUAGACCUACAGCUAAAAUACCAUAUUAACUGCAGUCUAGUCUUCAGCAGCCUACUAUCUAUGCCACAAACAGAAAGAUCUGCCAUGUGCGAGUGGCUGUAGUUGUGUGAAUCUCUGGGCAAAUUACAUUUCUGUUCGACAGACAAGUGAAUCGAAAUGGAAUUGGCCUGUCGAGCAGACAGCCUUAUCGAACCAGUAUGUCAUUUUAAAACAGGCAUAAUGAAUUGUACAAUGUGUAUUUUUUUUCUGUUAUAUCAACACAAUUAACAAUAAUACAAGAGGCCUUGGUUCAUGUUUUUUUUUUUAAUACAUACAUCAAUUGAAGCAGGCAUAUUAAGUACCUGCAGUAUGCUAGGAUUAUUUCAUUAGAUAAAUCAAAAUAUCUGUUCUCCAACUCUCAAGAGGACAGAAGGCAGACUGUGGCAAAGGAAAAGACACAGAGACAACAAAAAAGCCACAAGAACAAUAUUAUUUAAUAUUAAAACACGUAUGGUCUUAAGGAAACAAGUGUGCAUGUUUUUUCUUCUACUCAAGACAAUUUAGGUUUUUACAAAAUUGCAAUUGAUGUGACAUGUAUAGAGUAACAAUAUUCAAAAAAUACACUGUAGAAAAAUCCCAUUUCACUUCAUACAGCUGAAACGAAAGACAGUUGAAUGACACUGAACAAAAAAAUAUA